AUGUGUUCUGUUAGACAUUUAGUGCACAGUAGGUGGUUGUGUUACCUUAAUAAAUCACUACCAGUUUCCAGCCAGGCAAGACUGUUCAGUACUAGCAGAAUCUGCAGGACUGUUAUGCCUGCCUGGGUUAUUGAUAAAUAUGGAAGCAAUGAUGUGUUGCGGUUCACUAAAAAUGCCAGUUUCCCCAUCAUCGACUUCCCAAAUGAGGUUAUUGUCAAAGUGUUUGCAGCAGGACUGAACCCACUGGAUGUCAGCAUGAGAGGAGGCUAUGGGGCUGCCACGCUGUCUAUGAAGAGAGACCCUGUGAAUAUCAAGCGGUCAGGCAGCGAGUUCCCUCUCAUCCUGGGGAGGGACGUGUCUGGGGUCAUCAUGGAGUGCGGCCUGAAUGUGAAGUACUUCAGAGAAAGGGACGAGGUGUGGGCUGCUAUCCCUCCAUGGAAGCAGGGCAGCUUGGCUGAGUUUGUAGUGCUGAGCGCCAACGAGGUAUCCCACAAACCAAAGUCGCUGAGCCACACACAGGCAGCAGCCUUACCCUAUGUGGCAACCACUGCCUGGUCAGCUCUGGUCAACACCGGUGGACUCAGCAAGGACAACUGUGCCAAUAAGCGGAUUUUGAUCCUUGGAGGAUCCGGGGGAGUGGGAACAUUUGCUAUACAGAUGCUGAAGGCUUGGGGGGCCCAUGUGACUGUUACCUGCUCCCAGAAUGCCGAGCGGUUUGUAAAGGUCCUGGGGGCAGACCAUGUGGUGGACUACACCGCUGGGCCUGUUGAGGAGCCGCUCAGUGCACUGGAGAAAUUUGACCUGAUCCUGGAUAAUGUUGGGGGGGACACGGAGCGUUGGGCCCUAAAUCUGCUUAAGCCUUGGAGCGGCGCCAAGUAUGUCACCCUGGUAACACCGUUCCUCCAGAACACUGACAGGCUGGGCAUUGCUGAUGGCAUGAUGCAGAGUGCCGCCACAAUGGCCACCAAAGCCCUCAAGCACCUCGUCAAAGGAGUUCACUACCGUUGGGGAUUCUUUGCACCCAGUGGUCCUGCUUUGGAUGAAAUAAGGGAGAUGGUGGAUGCAGGGCAGAUCCAGGCCGUGGUGGAUGAGACUUUCAGCUUUUCCCAGGUUCCUCAGGCCUUCGAGAAGGUGGAGAAGGGUCACGCGCGAGGAAAGACCGUGGUCCAGAUCAGCAAAGGGGGAGAUGACUUAUAGCAAUUACUCUUGGUAACUGUGCGUGUUCCUGCACAAUUGUGAACCAAACUGAAUGAAAGCCACUGAAUGCAAGUUCUUAGCUUAUUGUAUCCACAACUGCAAACAAGGUCCAACAGCAAGGUUAUUGCUGUACUGUUAGUUUCUUGUGUGUGUGUGUCUGUAAGCACUACUGCUGCUGUUGUGUGCUUUAAAAUGUUUGACAUUUUUAUAUUGGCUUGAAUAAAAAAAAGCUGAUUAAAGUGAUUAUGUAAGCACUGUCAAUUGAGUUAAAGGGCAGUUUUGUAAAACAGAAGUAUUUCCGCGUUCACACUUAGCUGUCAGUUUAUUAG